AUGGAGUUGUACAAAGUUUUUCUUUUGCUCUGCUUUUCCCUUUAUUCAGAUGUUGUGAGAGGACAGAUUACAGAGAGCCCAGAUUUUCUGGAUAAAUAUAUUAAAACAGAUGGUGCUUGGAUAAUCACAGCAAGUAAAAUGCAGUACAUUGUAAAAUCAGCAGAAGAAUGUGCAGUCAAGUGUGAUACAGAAACUUUAUUCACGUGCAGGUCUUUUACACACAUUGAAAAAGAUCAGUACUGCAUAACAAUGCCAUCCAAUUCAAAGACAGACCAAGUGUUUCGUAAAAUUGGUGCAGCCCUGUAUGAAAAGAAAGAGUAUUUACUGGAAUGUGUGACGGGCAUUGGCACUGACUACAGAGGGACAAAAUCCAGAACAAAAUCGCAGCGACUCUGUCAGCAAUGGGAGAGUUCAUUUCCCCACAAGCCAAACAUUACCCCUAAGACACAUCCAAAAGCAGAUCUGGAGUCCAAUUACUGUCGAAACCCAGAUGGAGACAGUGCAGGCCCUUGGUGCUACACCACAGACCCAGAAAAGAGAUGGGAAAACUGCGAUAUCCAAGACUGCACUGAGGAAUGUAUGCACUGCAGUGGGGAAAACUACAGAGGCAAGAUCUCGACUACCGAAGGAGGAUAUACCUGCCAGCGGUGGGACUCACAGAAACCCCAUAACCAUGGAUACAUUCCCUCGGUUCUUCCUGAUAAGUACCUGGAGGAGAAUUACUGCAGGAAUCCUGAUGGAGAACCCAGACCUUGGUGUUUCACCACCAAUCCAUCCAAACGAUGGGACUUCUGCCCCAUUCCUCGCUGCAAUUCUGAACCACCGACCAUUGUGCCAGACCUGACCUGUGCUACAGGAGAUGGUAGCUCAUAUAGAGGCACUGUUGCUGUGACAGUGUCUGGGAAAACCUGUCAGAUCUGGGCAUCUCAGUACCCUCAUAAGCAUUCUAGAACACCAGAGAAUUACCCAUGCAAAGGUCUUGAUAAGAACUACUGCAGAAACCCCGACAAAGAGAGGAGUCCUUGGUGUUACACAGCAGACCCAGAGACACGCUGGGAGUACUGCACCGUGCCCAGCUGUGACGGUGGUCCCCGCCCUGAGGAGCCAAUUAUCGCUCCAGCUGAAGACUGUUAUGAAGGAGAUGGGAGCUCAUAUCGUGGAGUCAUGUCAGAGACCAUCAGUGGGAAGAAAUGCCAAUUCUGGACCUCUAUGGAACCUCAUGCACAUCAGAAGACACCACAGAAAUUUCCCAAUGCAGACCUGAGACGAAACCUAUGCAGGAACCCUGAUGGAGACCGUGCUCCUUGGUGUUACACCACAGAUCCCUCCGUGCGCUGGGAGUACUGUAAGAUAGAGCGCUGCAGCAGUCAGCUCCCCUUUUUCCACCCAAAGCCCACUCAGUCUGCAUCCAAACCCUUAGCCCCAUCACCAACUGCUGCUCGUCCCAUCACUGUACCCACGCCAGUCACAGGUCUGCCAUCAUGCAAAGAUUGUAAGGUUGGUAGUGGCGAAAGUUACAGAGGUCUUACAUCAAAGACUGUAAUGGGUGUGACCUGUCAAGCCUGGAGUUCCAUGACCCCCCACCAGCAUUCUACUUUCACCCCUGUGACACAUCCAGACAAGGGUCUGGAGUCCAAUCAAUGCAGAAAUCCUGAUAAUGAUGUAAAUGGACCUUGGUGUUACACUACGGAUCCUUAUAAGAAAUGGGACUACUGUCAGAUUCCAGACUGUGAUGGCAUGAAGUGUGGACAGCCCACAAUAAAACCAAGACGCUGCUUUGGCCGGAUUGUUGGAGGAUGUGUUUCUAAGCCUCACUCUUGGCCUUGGCAAAUCAGUUUUAGGACCAGCUCUGGAAUUCAUUUUUGCGGAGGAACUUUAAUCGAUGCUCAGUGGGUCCUGACAGCAGCACACUGCCUUGAAAGAUCUAAGAGACCAUCAGCAUACAUGGUGUAUCUGGGAAUCCACACAGAGGUUGGAAAAGAGUCAUCCAAACAGGUCCGUAACCUGGAAAAGAUUAUAUUGGAACCAACAGGGAAGGAUAUCGCACUUCUCAAGCUGGACAGGCCAGCAAUUCUAAAUGAAAAGGUGUUGCCUGUAUGCUUACCAGAGAAAGAUUAUGUUGUGCCAAGUGGGACAGAAUGCUACGUUACAGGAUGGGGGGAAACACAAGGAACGGGUGGAGAAGGUGUUUUGAAAGAGACUGGCUUCCCUGUCAUUGAAAACAAAAUAUGUAACAGCAGAGCCUACUUAAACAAUCGGGUGAAGGACCAUGAGAUGUGUGCAGGAAACAUAGAGGGAGGAACUGACAGCUGUCAGGGUGACAGUGGGGGCCCUCUUGUUUGCUUCUCCCAGAAUACCUUCCUUCUUCAGGGAGUGACCUCAUGGGGACUUGGCUGCGCUAAUGCCAUGAAGCCUGGCGUGUAUGCCCGUGUCUCUAAAUUUGUUGACUGGAUUGGAAAAGAGAUGAAAGCAAAUUCUUGA